AUGUAUGCUUAUGCAGCAGUAGCUUUUCUUCGAGUUGAGACGAGUGAGUAUGUCAAAGUUCAGUUGUUAAGUGCUAAAGCCAGAGUUUCCCCAACGGGAAAGAAGAAGACCACUAUUGCAAGACUAGAGUUAUUGGCGGCUACAAUCACUGCACGCCUUGCCUCAUCUAUCACAAAAGAGAUCCCACAUGAAAAAAUCUAUUUGUGGUCCGAUUCAACGACAGUGAUAACUUGGAUAAAAAGAGAAGAUGCUUGGAGUAACUUCGUACAAAACCGUGUUGAUGAAAUCAGAACUUUGACUUCCAAAGAAAAUUGGAGACAUGAGCUUGGUUCAUUUAAUCCUGCCGAUCUUCCAAGUAGAGGUUGUUCUGCCAAGAAACUAGUGCAGUCCAAAUGGUGGGAGGGCCCUGAUUGGCUAUAUUUACCUGCUGAUCAAUGGCCAUUCUCAGAUGUAGUAGUCAAUGAAGAUGAAGUGCUGAAGGAACGAAAGAAAACUCUUGUGUCUACCCCGACUGCCUGUUUGAGUGCUCACGCCAUCGAAAACGUGAACACGGAAAAACCUGAUUGGUACUAUGAGGACUUUGAAGAAGCGGAGAAAAUAGUAAUAAAGAUCAUUCAAAGUGAAGCAUUCAUUAACGAGAAAGACGAGAAAUUGAAAACUUUAAGAGUUUACAAAGAUGAGGAUGGCAUAAUCAGAUUGAGAACAAAAAUUGAGUAUCGUGAAGACAGCCAUUCUUUUCGAAGACCUGUAGUCCUUCCUUCUCAACACCAUGUUGUGAAACUUUUAAUAGUUUCUUUUCACAAUAGACAUGGACAUGUGGGGACUCAAAUGCUACUUAACCUGCUGAGAGAACAUUUUUGGAUCUUAAAUGGCCGAAAAACUGUGCGAUCGAUCAUCUCAAAAUGUGUUAUCUGCAAGAGGCAUUCUGGAAAAAAUUUAGAUGCAGAGCCAGCCCCAAUUACCAAAGAUCAAAUCAGAGACACUGCUGUAUUCGAAAUUGUAGGAGUGGACUUAGCUGGUCCAUUGUACUUGAAAGAUGAGAAAAAGACUUGGGUUUGUCUUUUCACAUGCGCGGUGUACAGAGCUGUACAUCUUGAGCUUCUAUCAGGCAUUUCCACUGACACAUUUUUGUUGGCCCUGCGCAGAUUUGUGGCAAGAAGAGGUAGAUGUUCAGUUAUCUACUGUGACAAUGGAACAAACUUUAUUGGUGCUAAUAAUUUGCUCCGUUCUUUAGACUGGAACCGGAUCGUUGAGAACGGAGCAAUACAUCGCAUUAAAUGGAAAUUUAACCCCCCUACUGCAUCCUGGUGGGGAGGUUGGUGGGAGAGGUUGAUUCGAGUUAUGAAAAAUGUACUAAAGAGGGUGUUAGGUCAUGCCUUUUUGUCAUAUGAUGAGAUGAUCACGGUUCUCUGCGACUGUGAAUCGAUAAUCAACUCGAGACCUCUCACCUAUAUUUCAAAAAGAGAUACAGAUUUUGUUCCACUGUCACCAUCAUUAUUCCUACAAGACAUUAGAGAAGUUGGAAUGCCCGACUGUGAUGCAGCAGAUCACAAAAGCCUAAAUAAAAGGAUAAAAUAUCGUCUUGCUUUGCAAAAGGACCUUAGGAAAAGAUUCAGGUCUGAGCAUUUAGGCUCGUUAAUUCAAAGGCCAAAGCUUCAAAAUAAGUCGAUUAUUUCUGUUGGUGAUGUUGUUCUUGUAGGAAACGAUAAUCAGAAGCGUAUCAACUGGCCCUUGGGACGUGUGACAGAAAUCAUCCCCGGAAAAGAGGGAAUUACCAGACUCGUGAGACUUAAAACAGCCCGUGGAGAAAUACUAAGACCGAUUCAACGACUGUUUCCAUCGGAGAUAACUUAUGAUGUGGCUAAGGAUGUCAGAGCUAAAGUGCAACAAGAGCAAGUUACUCCUAAAGUGCAACAAGAGCAAGCUGCUCAUGAAGUGUCGCAGACACGAGUAUUAGAUCCUGAAGGUCCCAUUUCAGAAACUGUCAAAACUCGAUCUGGAAGAAUCGUAUAUGGACCAAAAAGACUCGAUUUGUGA